UCGGAUGUGAUUUUGAUACAAAAUUACUCCUGAAAACGUCACAUAUCAUAUUAAAAAACUACGUAAACGCGGUAUUUAUUGAACAAUCCCAGAGAGGGUUGUAAAUAUCUUGUGUUUUCGUUUAUAUAAUUAUUCACGUACUGCAAUGUUUUUCCACCUCCAUCUAAUCAAUUUUAUUUUAUGUUCCAUUUGUAUUUCUUGUAUUUUAAUUCCCACUUCUGAAUCACAAUAUAAUGAUGUGAUAAAUUUUACUAAUGGUCAACAAAAUGAAGAAAAAGUGUUUGACUUUGUGGCCAAAAAGAAGAAGUAUACAAACUAUUCAAAGGUUAAUUGCGGUGAAACUCAAAAAAUGGUACAUGAGUGCUUUAAGAAUCUACCCCCUCAUUUAAUGGAAUUCUUACAGACAACGAAAAUUGUCGUAGCAAAUAAAGAAGAAAUAGUCUCUAAGUGCACAGUAUUUAAGCAUGGAGUUGAAUGCUUUGAUCACUACACAGAACGAUGUUUACCUGAAACCAAAGUUUUGCAUUUUCAAAAUAACGUGGCUGGUGCAAGGAAAUUCGUCAGAAAAUUCUGCGAUGAUCAUAAAUUCCAAUUAGAAUACUUACGGAACAAGGAAUGUUUUUUUCAUAUUCAAAAUGAUUGGAAAAGAUGCACAGAAUACUUUCAUAGCAUUUUAUCAGAUGAACUUAACGGAAGCUACUCAAAUAAUAUCACAAGCAAAUAUAUGCAGUUUUGUUGUGCUCGACACGCUUAUGAAACUUGUAUUUACAACAGCGCUCGUUUUAAAUGCUUUAAAAAUUCAACGAAAUUUACACCGGAUACUGUUAAAUUAUUUUCGGAGAAGAAACUUUUUAGCAAUUGUCGGAGGUAUGAGAGUUUAUUGUGUUCGGAGGGUUGGGAAGCGGCGUCAGCAGCAGUAGCCGUGGCAGCAACAACGGGGGCGGUCUUCGCAACCGCACACAGCUUAAUAUUCACAUUGAUGUUCUGGAUUAUUGUUAAUUUCCGUGGUUUGAAGAUACACAAUAAUAUUGUGUAAUUGUUAAAUAAAUUGAAAUUAAGGACAUGAUAGAUAAUAAUAAUAAUUUACGCAUCAGAUUCUAUUAAUUUGUUGUUUUCUGAAGAAAUUUGUAUAUCUAUGUA